UCCGGUUUUCCCCACAAUACAAACUACACACCCGCACAACAAAGUCCAAGAGAGAACCACCCGAGCAGAAAACCCUAAGGGAGAUACCGACAAUUUUCACUCUGUCACCGUCAUAGGAAUGCCCAAUUACCAGAGUCCACCAACAAACAGGUCCGGUAAUGAAAGGACGCCUAACUUGACAGAAGACAAUCUUGAAAUUGACGAAGAUGAUGCUUCUGCAAGGGAAGCCGCAGUAAUAUUUGAAGAAAAUGGAGGUUUUUAUUAUGACAACGCUGUAGAAAUUAGCAAAAUCAAAUUGCAAGUAACCGAUCUACCGAAAUAUGUUCAUAGUCUAUAUUUGAAUGACCUAGAAGAAGAAUUUCAGAAAAUUCCAUACGGUCUUGUAAAAGCCUAUGGCGUUUCACAAACGAAACUCAACAUGCACAAAAAUAGGUACAGAGGAAUCUACCCGUAUGAUGAUACGCGAGUUUUAGUUCGAGGUGGAGAAACAGACUACAUUAAUGCAAGCUUUAUAGACGGAUUCAAAAGGCGAAAUGCAUAUAUUGCUACAUUGGGUCCAAUGGCUAAGCAGCUUGGCGAUUUCGGCCAAUUCUGGCGAAUGGUCUGGCAACAGAAAGUGGAGAAGAUUGUCAUGGUGACUAACUUGGUAGAGGGAAAGAAAACCAAAUGCGAGCAAUAUUGGCCGGAUCAUUAUCAAAGAAAUAUGUACGGCGAUAUAAAGGUUGUAUGCAAGGAUGAACAACUGUACAAAGAUUUCAUUUGGAGACACUUUACUCUUUUUAAGAAUUCGGAAAAAAGAAGUCUUCAUCAUCUACAGUUUACGAGCUGGCCAGACAAGGACAUCCCUGAUGAUGUUACAGCAUUUAUAGAGUUUAGACACAGGGUGAAUGCCUUGGCGAGUACCUUCGAUGGACCAAUAGUUGUGCAUUGCAGUUCUGGUGUAGGGAGAACAGGAACCUUCAUAGCACUAGACAUUCUUACAAAAGAGGGUGAGGCAGAAGGAGCUAUAGAUAUCCCGGGAUGCGUUAUUAACAUGAGACAAAACAGACCCAACAUGAUUCAGACUUUGAGUCAAUACAAGUAUAUUCACCAAGCUUUGGUCCAUACAUUGACUCCUGAUUGUGUGUUUAUAAGAAGAGAGCACUUCAUUCAAUAUAUGGACAAAUCAAGUAAACAGGAGAUACAGGAGCAGUUUGAGAGAUUGCAAUCGGAUCAUGAGAAAAAGUCGGAUAAGGAAUUGUUAGCUACGAAAAAGAAUCGGCUCCUGGCAAAAAAGUACAGGAAACACACGGAUAUGCCAGGUGACUCCAACAGACCGCAUCUAAAUUUGUUGAUGAAAACAGACGAAUCCGAUUACAUCAAUUCGAUAUACAUCGACAGUUUUAAAACAAAAAACCGCUUCUUGGUUGCAAAAACACCUCUGCCUGACACAGUUUACGAUUUCAUUGCACUUACUCUUCAAGAAAACUGUUCCUGUAUCGUUAGUAUGGAGGCAAACCUGGAAAUGCAUAAGGGAAUAGGCUUAUACUUUCCUGGUGACAAUCAAAAAAUGAAGGCGGGAAUAAUUUCCGUACAAACAUACACAGCUCAAAGUGCAAGACACUUCGUUAAAAGAAUGCUGCGUUUCAAGCAAGAAGGAACGCCCAAGAAAGAUGUGACAAUUCCACACUUUCAAUAUUUGGACUGGGAUACAAAGAACAACGUUCCUAAGUCGACAGAAUGCUUUCUUGCCUUCAUCAAAGAGGUUGAAGCCGUAUCCAAAUCCUCUAACCUGGGUGGACCGAUACUGUUGCAUUGUUUAAACGGUGCUGGAAAGAGCUGCCUUUUUUAUGUUGUCUCGAUAUUACUUGAACAAUUGGAUAGAGAUGAUGUGGUCAGUGUGGUCAAUGCGGUGAAGAAAAUCAGAGCUAGACGACCGCUUGCUAUUCCAAAUAAGGAACAGUUUUACUUCUGCUACGAGUGUGUUCUCCAUUCCGCGAACGAAACAGAUAAAGCUGUGUAUUACAGCAUAUGUAGGGAUAUCCAGAGAAAAUGAACACGGCUGAACAAUUCGGAACAAUGGCACACAUAAGGUUGAUCUUGACUUGAAAAUAUAUACGUUUGAUAUUCAUAUGAUGACACAAUAAGUUAUAUUUUUGAUUACAUGCGGACAUGAUGGCAAAAUUAAUAUUAUAUCAACGUAACUUUAUUGCAAUUCUGCAUCACCUUCAUGACAUAAUAACAGAACACUAGUAUUUCACCUGUCAAUAUAAACAUUGUAUUGUAAUUCUCAUUGUAUUUGGUUGCAUAUAUUAAUGCUUUUAUUAUUUUUACCAUAUUGUAGGGUUUUUUCUUGUUAUAAUUUUGAAUUAUUCUCUAUAAAUUUCGCCCCAAUUUCACAAAAAAACUUUAGUGUAUCUCACUAUCUUAUUUCGUUUACCAAAAUUCUUUACUUAAAUAUGAUUUAAUAGAACAAAAAGUAGUUUAUCUUAUUAACAAGUACUUUAUCUGAUUGCUCUUAAAUAGUAUGUCCUUAUCAAACAUCAUUUCUCUUUAAAAAGAGAAUAUUACUCAAUAUAGACCAAACAAAGGUAGUGUUCUGGGCUUGAUCCGGUUUUAAGGGUCUUAAGAUGUUUCAUGACAUUGGGGCGCAGAACGUUAUGAAACAGUCAAGGCUUUAUAUGCGAGCGUACAGUAUCAACAUGUGUAAUUGAUAAGUAACAAAGAUGUUGCAAUAUAUGCACGCUACUUAUUGUACGGUAAGCUUGCCUAUAUAUUACAAAAUACAUACUACAUCAAAUCCACGUGAGUGGAAUUAUUCAAAUUAUUAUUAUUAUUAUCAUGUAGUUAAUGUAUAUACAAAUAUGUUAUAUUGUGUUUUAAUGGGCUUUGUACAUACUUGGAAUACACAUUACAUUUGUAAUUUGUAAAAAAAUAGACAUAAGGAAUAAAAAAUAUUAUUUGUUGUUGUAUUUAACAAGGUUUUUACGUAUGUUAAAGUGUUUUAAGCUUUUAUAUGUAAUAUAGCAUUUCAAUUGAAUUUCUGUUUGUGUUUUAUUGUUAAAUCAGGAAAUGUAUUGUAGGAGCAGAUGUGCACGCAAUAGUGGCGUUUAUGAAUUAUGUGCAGUACUGUUGCUAAACAGCUUAUAUAACUAUAAUUAUGUAUUGUAGAUUUGUAAGAAAUUAUGUACCUGAAUUCCUUAAUUUUCUAAAUACUGUCAUUAGUCUAAACCAUGAACUUUAAAUAAUUUGUAUUUUUAAAUAACCUUUAAAUAGACAGUCUCUCAAGUGUCAAGACAGCCAUCGAUUGAGCAUGCUCUAUAUAAUAUUCACUAGGGGUUUAUCUUAAUCCUGAUCUAAAUAUAGAAUAUCAUUCAAUUAAUACAUUCAAUGUAUUCUAUUUAGUUCUUAGUUUUUUUUUCAUAUUUUCAUUAAUUGACGAAUAUGACGGGAAUCAAUCAAUUGAAAAAUUCCGGUUGGGUUCGUAUUGUAUUCAUUGCCAUAUUGAUUGUUGUUGAAUUUAAAUGGAAAACAAUCUAUUGACUUUUCCGGAAUCAAAAUUUCCA